UUUUAAUAUCUUUUUUCUAUAUCCCUUGUUAUAUGUCCUUCUUCUCUCCCUGCACCCUCAUCUCUCUCUCUCUCUCUCUCUCUCUCUCUCUCUCAUUUCCCUUUCAACACAUAUUGGCUUUCUAUGACCCCAUGCUCAAUCUAGACCAAAUGGGUUGCAAUGGGAUGGCCUCCUCUUCUCCCUUCUUCCCUCCAAACUUCCUUCUACAAAUCCAAACUCCCCAUGAAGUGGAGGAUCACCAUCAACCAACCAAUCAUCUAUCUUCUCUCCUCCCCACAAACCCCCAAGACUUCAGAGGUGUGGGUGCAAUGCUGGGGAAGAGAUCGAUGUCCUUCUCGGGGAUCGAGCCCUGCGAAGAUAUCGGCGGGGAGGACGAGCUCUCUGAUGACUGCUCGCAGGCUGGGGAGAAGAAGAGGAGGCUUAACAUAGAGCAGGUGAGGACGUUGGAGAAGAACUUUGAGAUUGGCAACAAACUGGAGCCUGAGAGGAAAAUGCAGCUGGCUAGAGCUCUCGGGCUCCAGCCGAGGCAAGUUGCGAUCUGGUUUCAAAAUAGAAGGGCGAGGUGGAAGACGAAGCAAUUGGAGAAGGAUUAUGAUGUGCUCAAGAGACAGUUCGAUGCCAUCAGAUCAGAUAAUGAAUCUCUCCAAGCUCAGAACAAGAAACUCCAAGCUGAGAUCUUGGCUCUUAAAGGUAGAGAAACCUCAGAACUGAUCAAUCUGAAUAAAGAAACUGAGGGAUCUUGCAGCAACAGGAGUGAGAAUAGCUCCGAGGUCAAUUUGGACAUUUCAAGAACUCCAGCCAUUGAGAGCCCUUUAAAUCCUAACCAGAGCAUUCCCUUCUUUCAAUCAAUUAGGCCACCAACAACAAUGGUUCAACUUCUUCAGGGCCAAAACAGGCAAGAACUCCCUUGCCCUAAGAUUGAACAUAACGGUGUCAACGACGAAAACUUCAGUAACUUGUUAUGUGGUAUGGAUGAUCAAUCUGCAUUCUGGCCUUGGUCCGAUCAUCAAAAUUUCCAUUAAUAUCGAUUCGUUCAAACUCCAAGAAACUGAGGAUUUUCGCGGCUAAAUGGCGAAUGGAUCAAGAACUUGAGCCGAGUAGAGAUUUAUCGAGUUACGCCGUGUAUUUUCUUUUUCUUGUUAUUGCUAUUGUUAUUAUUAUUGCUAUAUUGGUAAGUAUGUGAAAUAAUAUUAUGAGUUGAAACCAGGUUUAAAUAGAUAACGUUAGAUGGUUUUAAUUGAUUUUUGGUUCAUGCGUAUUACAUGCAUUGGCCAUGAAAUAAAGGACAAGCUCUUCUCCUUUG